GCCAGGGCUGCGGCUGAGUUUGGGGGCUGGUGAUGCUGCAGCUGGGCCGGUUUGUCAGGCUUGGGCGGAGGCCAAGUGAUGGCGAACGUGCGGGUGGCCGUGAGGGUCCGGCCCCUCAGCAAGAGAGAAACCAAAGAAGGAGGAAGAAUUAUUGUGGAAGUUGAUGGCAAACUGGCAAAAAUCAGGAAUUUAAAGGUGGACAGUCGAUCAGAUGGCUUUGGCGACUCCCGGGAGAAGGUUGUGGCGUUCGGCUUUGAUUACUGCUACUGGUCAGUCAACCCAGAGGACCCCCAGUAUGCAUCUCAGGAAGUGGUGUUCCAGGAUUUGGGGACGGAAGUACUGUCUGGAGCUGCUGAAGGCUAUAACAUAUGCCUUUUUGCCUAUGGGCAGACAGGCUCUGGGAAGACAUACACCAUGCUGGGGACCCCAGCCUCUGUUGGGCUGACGCCGCGGAUAUGUGAGGGUCUCUUUGUCAGGGAGGAAGACUAUGCCCCACUGCCUUCUUCCCGUAGGAUAAAAGUAAGUUUUCUGGAAAUCUAUAACGAACGAGUGAGGGAUCUGCUGAAGCAGUCUGAUCAAAAAAAGUCUUAUACCCUGCGGGUCAGGGAGCACCCAGAGAUGGGGCCCUAUGUACAAGGUUUAUCUCAACAUGUAGUUACCAACUAUAAGCAAGUAAUUCAACUCUUGGAGGAGGGAAUAGCAAACAGAAUCACAGCAGCCACCCAUGUUCAUGAGGCCAGCAGCAGAUCCCAUGCCAUCUUCACUAUCCACUACACUCAGGCAGUUCUGGAGAACAACCUCCCCUCUGAAAUCUCCAGCAAGAUCAACCUUGUGGACCUAGCAGGCAGUGAAAGAGCCGACCCCAGUUACUGUAAGGACCGGAUUACGGAAGGAGCCAAUAUCAACAAGUCCCUUGUGACUCUAGGAAUCGUCAUCUCCACCUUAGCCCAGAACUCUCAAGUUUUCAGCAGCUGCCAGAGCCUCAACAGUGUGACCAGCACCGGUGGUGAUGGCGGGAUCCCUGGCUCUCCUGGGACCAGUGGUGGAGGGGGCCCCUCCCGGAGGCAGUCUUACAUCCCAUACCGGGACUCCGUGUUGACCUGGCUGCUGAAGGACAGCCUUGGAGGCAACUCCAAAACCAUCAUGGUUGCCACCGUGUCUCCUGCACACACUAGCUACAGUGAGACCAUGAGCACGCUGAGGUAUGCCUCCAACGCCAAGAACAUCAUCAACAAGCCACGGGUAAAUGAGGAUGCAAAUGUAAAGUUGAUCCGAGAGCUCAGGGAAGAGAUUAGAAGACUGAAAGCCUUGCUGCUGAGCUUCGAACUGAGAAACUUCAAUGAGGAGAAGGACAGAAACCUGCAGGAGCUGGUCCUCCAGAAUGAAUCAAAGAUAGACUGGCUGACCCAAGACUGGGCCCAGAAGUGGGAUGAGUGGAAGGCCCUGGUGGAGCAUUACAGAGUGGACAUCAACAAGGGGAGGGCUGGCGUUGUCAUUGACUCCAGCCUGCCACACCUGAUGGCCUUGGAGGAGGAUGUGCUCAGCACAGGCGUCGUGCUCUAUCACCUCAAGGAGGGGACAACAAAAAUAGGAAGGAUUGACUCAGAACAGGAACAGGACAUUGUCUUACAGGGUCAGUGGAUUGAGAGAGACCACUGCACCAUCACCAGUGCCUGUGGGGUCGUCGUUCUGCGGCCUGCCCAGGGGGCCCGCUGCACAGUCAACGGCCGGGAGGUCACUGCCUCCUGCCGUCUGACCCAAGGAGCGGUCAUAACCCUGGGGAAAGCACAGACGUUCCGGUUCAGCCACCCAGCAGAGGCCGCUGUCCUUCGGCAGAGAAGGCAGGUUGGUGAGGCUGUUGGUGGCAGUGGCUCUUUGGAGUGGCUGAACCUGGAUGGAGAUGUCACUGCCUCCAGGUUGGGUCUCUGCCCUUCGCUUUGGAAAAAAAGGAGAGAGCUGCGGGAGCAGAGUGGCGAGGACCACCGGCUACCCAGGACCAGAGAGACGCCGCCCGGGACCAAGGCUCAGCGGCGGCAGCAGCAGCAGCAGCAGCAGCAGCAGCAGCAGCAGCAGUGCUACGUGGGGGAUUCGAGGCAGCAAAUCCUAGCGGGACACAUCAGAGCCAAGCGGGACCUGGAAUUCGACCAGACACACGUCACCUGGCAGAUUAAAGACAACCAGCAGUGGCAGCUCAGAGAAGAGACCUGGCUGGCCAGCUCGCUGCAGCAGCAACAGAAAGACUGUGUGGCAGAGAAAGAACUUGAGGCCUCUUUGCCAAUUGAUUCUUGGCUUCAGACAGAUCCCGUGACUCAACCGUCCCCUCUGGCCCGAAGCCAGAAGAGGGCGGUGCCACGUCAGCUCCUGCGGAGACCAGCUCUUCGUGCAGUGGAGCGGAAUAUCCGGCGAAAAAAGGUCUGGUUCCAGCUAGAGAGAAUCAUCAAGAAGCAGAAGCUGCUGGAGGCCCACAGGAGACUGGAGCACCUCAAGGCAUUGUGCUGGCUCCAGGAUGACUGUCCCCAGGAGUCUCCACACCAGGCCCCCAGCUCUGAUGCCAGGGUCCCAGGCCCUCAAUGUGGAAGCAAAUCGACAAGUUGCAGCUCUUUGAGCCUCCGAAGGCUCUGCCUCCGGUACUUGCCCCAGCUCCACAGUGUUUUCCUGAAUCAGGAUGCCUCCGCCACACUAUCUCCUAUGCCUGGCUCUACCGAUCAAACAUCAGAGAAGACCCAGUCAGAAGAGUAUUUGCCCCAGGCUGCUUCUUACCCUCCAAGGACAGGGCGGUUCGGCAGGAACGUUCUCUGUUCCUCAGGUGAGGGACAGCUCCGCACAGCCAGGGAGGCCUGGGCCAGGAGGAGAGCCGCGGCACCAGGCUUCACAAUGAGCUCUGGGUCGUCCAGCACCCAGGAGAGAGUGGGUGAGCAGCCCCACUGGAUGGUGCCCCAGGGCUUAGCAUGUGUGGGCCCACUGGCUCACAAGCUGAAGCCAAGGGAUGAUCCAGAGGCCCUCACCCCUUCCACCCAGACCAGGAGGGCUAAGGGACUGUCAGACUCUGGCCACGGACCAGCAAGGUGGCAAAAAGAAGGGGAUCUUGAGACCCACAAGGCUGCUAAAGGAGCCAAUUGCAGUUCCUCGCAUUCCCAUGGACCUGAACAGGUAGCUGGGCGUGGAAAGGCAGCCAAGACUUUUUGGGCAGAAUCCAAACCACUUUCUCCAAGUAGGGCAUCAAAAGGGCAACAGAGGGUGCCAGCAGCCAGGGUCAGAGACAUUAUCAAAAAGUCCUCUCGUUUGCCCUGUGGCAGCCCUUUGAAGAGGCAGCACAGGGCAGGUGACCCAGACUCCAUGGCCUCACUCACUGAUUCCAGACCAGCAACGGAUCACACAACAGAAAAAGAUGGGGAUUUGUCGGAUGCAGACAGCAGUUACUCAGUGGAUUCUCUCUCCUGUGUCUAUGCCAAAGCCCCACUGGAGCCGCUGGAGCCAGGGCCCCGCCAGGGGAAGGAGCGGGACCUCCCAGAGCCAGAGAACACUGAAAGUGACAACAGCCAAAUAUCUGAGGACUCUCUGGCUGAGGAGGGACACCAAAGCCCCCAGGACAGCCCAGGGGGCAGUUAUCUCACCGGUGGCCUUGGCCACCACAGGGCCAGAGCUACAGCCUCUGUGAGGGGCUUCACCACAUCCUCAGACAGUGGACCAUCGGCCCUGGCUCACAGGCGCUUUUCGCUGGACAGCCUGAUUGACACUGAGGAAGAACUGGAGGAAGAUCGGCAAGAAGAGCGUUUCUUCACUUCAGCUGAUGAGAUGCCCACAGAGACUUUUUGGCACCUGCAGACCUCCAGCCUGCCCGUAGUGGUCCAGGAGGCAGUGUGCAGGCCUGAUCCCAUCACCCAGAGAGCAGGAGACAGGCGGGAUGCCAUCCUGCCAAUGAGCAGUUCCUUUUGCCUUGAUUCCCAGCCCCAGCCCCACUGUGAGUGGCCUGAGUCAAAGGUUGAGGCAAGCUCCUCUGAGCAAGCCAACACUCUGCCGGGCACGCAAGUUUCAAGAGGGAGCCCGCUGUUGUCCCUGGAUUCCUGGUUUUCCUGUGACUCUAAGGUCAACCCCAGCAGCCCCUUAGGAAUAGUAGGUUCUUUAUGUCCAAGUCCCAAUGUCCAGGAAUUUCAGGCCUGUGGUCGGGAGAGGCCUGGGUGCUGGCCAAGGAUGGAAGGACUAGAGCCAUCAGGGGCAGAAGCCGUCCUGCCCUACACCUCCACACUGCCCCCAGGCGGUGCUGAGCUGCCCUGCAGUGUAAGAGCUGUGUACACAAUUCCUGCUUCUGACACAUCCAGGCUAUCACUCUGGGGGUCCUACAGGCUGCUUCAGCCAGGAGCUGAUGGCACCUUUCAGACCACAGGUGUCCCUGGCACAGCCCAGCAGGGCAACUCUGAGACAUCCAACAGCUCUCGUGUGUCAAGUGCGCUGGCUGCCUCUGCAGUCUCACUGACUCACGUAGGCAGUGGCUGUGAGAGGGACUGGGCUGCCGUUCAGCAAAAGUACCUCCUUGAGCUACCUCAUCCUGUUUUGGAGGCCACAGGACAGCCCAGGCCAGCUCUCACCUCCCUUGAGGAAGACGCUGUUUCCCUGGCCCAAGCUUCUGGCAAAGGAGCAGACAGUCUAUUGGCAGUUGGUUCUGGGGUACCUAGCAGUUUGAAUUUCCACAGCUUUCCUAUCCCUGUAUCCAAAAGUAGGCAUUUGAAGUCAGAGAAAGAACUUGUCAGUCUGAGUGUCGAGUUGGAAGGUACUUCAGAUUUCUGUACAGCUAGUGAGAAAGAGGUGAGUUAUAGCGGAAAUUAUUCAGCAGACAUAGAAUCACUGACUUCUGGAACUGCAAAUGCACAGGUCUUUGCAGUGGAAAACAAGGGAGCAAACUGCAUAAUAGAAGCAGGAUCAGUCGAACAGAACAGCUUGGAGGAGUCCUCUCAGAGUGGCGGGAGGAAGCCCGGAUUGAGGACUUCCUCCGAUGAACAGUUCUUCCUGGAGAACCCUUGUAGUAAUGUCACCAGAGCCACCAAAGAAGACCAUUGGCCCCAUGGCUGGGCUCCUCUCAGGAAGAACAGUGUAGGCCAGGCAGGCCAGUUGAAUCACAACAGCCACCAGCCCCAACAGGAUGAGGAGGCAGACUGCCAGGAGAGCUGCAAGGAGGAGGUUGGAAGACACACCAACCUUUCCUUUGCCUUUCCAUCGGGUCCAGAGCCGCACCUCCAUUCCGCUCCUUGGAGCUCAUUCCCAUCUCCCCUGCAGCCGCCUCCCUUGGAGACAUUCUAUGUGACCAAAAGCCGGGAUGCCCUGACAGAAACUGCCUUAGAGAUCCCAGCUUGCAGAGAAGGGAGACUGCCUUCCCCACCCCCCAGGGAAGCCUGGGGCUUUGGCCAUGACUACCAGGUCCUCCAGAAUGUUUAUUUGAAGAAUAAUUUAUCAGUGCCAUUUCAAAAACAGCAUUCCAAGAUGAUCUCGUCUCAGCAGGUCACAGUAGAGAGCCCAGCUGACCUGAACACCAAGGAAGUUAGUGGAGAAAUGUGGACAUGUCCUGGAAAUGUUAAAGAAAAAAGCCAUAAUUCGGUGUAUUUUUUUGUUGCUCAAAACAGACAUUUUCUUACAUCUGCCAGCACAAAACUAUGUGAUUAUGAAAGUCAAGUUGGAAAUGUAAAUAAAUACAGUCUUCCAGCACUCAAGGAGGAAGGGAAGGCCACUAUACAGUCCCAUUGCAAUCUCUCCUCAGACAGCGCUGGGUCUGGGGCGCCUCUUCCUGUUGGUGCAUCUGAGGCAGGUGGGGAAGAGGAGCGGGGUCAGAAUGCCAUCCUCAGACAGACCUUGGCCUCCGAUAUGAGCAGGUGGUUCCCUUCUGGGGCCGGGUCUGAUCUCUAUAAAACCACCUCUCUCCAUCCCAAAGACAAUGCAGAAGAGCGUGAGCUUCCAUGGACAGCAUCUGCAUGUGAAAGAUUCCAGUCAGUGAGAUACUCGCAGGAAAGAAACCUCGCUGAAUGCAAGGACCCUGGAAAGUCAAAUCCCAAAGAACCACCUUCUGGAAAGAAACGGAAUGAAAGAGUUAAUAAUGCCGAUGAAAUGGCGAGGCUAAUAAAGAGUGUAAUGCAGCUAGAAAAUGAUAUCUUGGAAAUCGAAUCCAAGCAGAAUAAGCAGCUAUAUGCUUCUCACACUCUGGGAGUCAGUAAUGACCUUGUGUUCCAGGAGCAGGAGAUGGCUGACCGUGUCCUGGGGCCAGGCAGCUCUAGAAACCGCUUGUCCUUCAAGGAUCAGCCGUCUUCUCCCAAACAGACAGAUGAUGCUAUCCUUAGGGGUGGGGAAGCCGGAGAGAUGAAGGCUAACAGUAGCAGUGGGGAAGAUGCCCAGGUUCAGAAAGUCACCCUGAGUUCCUUCAAGUCAAGAGAAUGGGCGCAAGACAUGAGGUUUGUGAGAGAGCACAGCCCCCUGGCUACAUCAGACACGUCUGCCAGGGACACUUGUGAGUAUUUAGGGACAUGCACAACUCACAGUGAGUGCGCCAGAACUUCUGUUAGUCCAUGGAGAAUGAAGGCAUUGGCUAGAGCUGCACCAUUGCCAGCCAGGCCCGAGUGGUCUUCUGCAAAGGAAAGCGAGGUGGUGCAUGCAUCAGCAAGCCCCAGGGGGCAGCCCUGUGACUUGGAAAGUCUGGAGGAGUCAGAGACUGUGAAAGGUUUUCAGGAAAGCCAACUUGCCAAAUACAUCAGUAGUUUUGACCCAGAGGGGCCCAAAGUUCAAGGAAGAGUUAAAGAAAUGACUAUGCAAAGAAGAGAGAGCCUAGGAGAGGAAUACAGAAUGGUCUCACCAGCUGAGAAAUUUCUUGGUCCAAGCCAACGUUGUAUGGGCACAUUUUUCAGCCAGGAGACCGGCCCAUUGCUGAGCUGGCCAUGUUCCUCUACAGCCUCUCACCAAGACCUGAGUAAUACCUUGCCCUUAAAUUCCCCAAGACUGCCAAGAAGCUAUCUUCACGCACCUGGUGCUAUAGGCAUCUCUUCAGUUGACUACGUGCUGGAUCCUACAGUGUUGAAAAUGCCUAGCAGUCCCUGGGGAACUGAAGCUGGGUGUCAGGGCCAGUGUGGCGAGCCCAGAAGCCGCAGCCCUCAGGGAACCGUCCGAGGGAACCCCUCCAGGGCACACACUGCUGGGUGUGGGUCUGCAGGCUUCACGGCCAUGGGAUCUUGGGAUCACUCCAGUGCAUGGGAGAGCAUUUUGGUGGGGGCUGAGGGCAGGAGAUUAGCAAGCCCCAGUCCCCAAGACCAAGGAUGGGGCCCCAGAAGUACCUCGAUGGGCUUGAGUGCCAGGGUGGGUUCUGCUGCUGAAGCCGAGGCAGCUGUACAAAAAGGAACAGAAAGAGCCAGUUUCCCAAACAGGGUCUCCAGCCCACUUGAAAAGAGGGCCACCUGUCCCUUAGAGGAAGGUAACGACCGAGGCUGGGAGGUAAGGCAGAAGGCAGAGAAGAAGGCCGAGGACCUUAGUCCUAACAGUGCUACUGUCUUAGCACCUGUGUCCCCCGGGCCGCACCUGGAGCCCUGUGCCCAUACGUCCAUGGGCCCAGCUGUGUUGGAGGAGAUCAGAGAGAUGGGGGCCCAUGGAAAGCAGCUUCUUGACUUGGUGGCUGAGGGCACAGUCCUUCCUCACUGUGAGACUUUAUUAGAACCUGAAUGUUCUUCAAGGGCCCCUAGCAGGCCUCGGUGUGAACAAAUGAACCAGCCAGUGUCAGACAGGACCAGGAAUGACAGCAAAGCACAGGGACUUCAUGGGGCAUCUCCCUGUGUGGGACCAGGACACCUGUGGACUGAUGAGAAGAAGGUCCUGAAGACCACACCCCUCUCUGCAGACAGCUUUCAGCCUCUGCCCAACACUGACAUUAACGCAGGGCCCUGGCGGCCCUCACAGGCUUUCCCCCCGGCUGACCCUGCUCUAGGCCGUCAUUCUGGAGAACCGAGACAUUUCCUGAGUGCAGGCGAGCAGCUUAUUUGUUACUCUGGCCCUUUCGAAACCACAGAGGAAAAGAAAGCAGCAACUGGGAUAUCUUCUGUUGAUCCUGUAGGCUCAGACAGUCUUCCUUCUUCAACAGCUUUAGAGAAGGACAGGAGGGUAGUACCAGAGAAAGUAAUGGCUACCUUAUCUUUUCAGGACCCUUCUGAAGGUCCUGGAGUGAUUGGGCCAGGGCAAAGUCAGUCAGUUCCCCGGGAGGCUGCAGAGGGUGCGCCCCCUGGCAGUCAGGAGAGCAGCCAGGCACACCGGGAACCUAGAACUCUGGACCCCACCUAUGGAGGAGGUUCAGGUAACUGCAUGGUGGUUGCACAGGGCAGAAAAGCAACCUGUUCUGAGAGUCAGCUUGUGCUCUGUGAUGUUCAGAACUCUGCCAGUCUCCCGGGGCCUAACCAAGACCAUGCCCAAGACCUCGAGGCUUCCAAGGUCUCAGAAAAAGGAAGCACAAAUCCCAAACAAAGUACAGUCCUGGCUGGAGUCCUGAGAAGGGUGGACCUGGAAGCCCCCUCGCAGCAGUGUGUGAGGAAGGGGAGUGUUGGUUCUGGGCCUGGCAGCAAACAUCCCAGUCCAACUCCACUGCCAGAUCAAAGACCUGGCCCAGACCCUGGGGGAGUUAGGGAGGAGGCACUGUGCAGGUGUCCACAGGAAACUUCAGACUGUGCUGUCUUCUCAGGGAUCACUGAAGGUAGGACUCUCAGCCCAUCUGGGGAGCAAGGAGACAGCAGAACUCUUCCUUGCCAACAGCUGUGUAACUCUCAACCUGUUGCCUCUCAUGCCUGCUCCUCCCCGUCUGUGGCCGCAGCACAGACUCUCCACCCACCCUGCAUAGUGCCUUCCAGAGCCUGUGGAAUGGAUGAGAGAGGAGAGAGCUAUUGCAGCGAACCUGAUGUGUUCUUGGCUCAUGGCCUUGAGCCCGAAGGCCUUCAUUUGGAAGCUGGGCCAACAGGCAGCAGCACUCUGGAGCCCUCUGCUGCUGCUGUUUUAUCUCUGGCUCAAGGCUGCAGCUCCCCUUCUGCCCCUGCUAUGAGGACAAGUUCCCUCAGCUACUCAGUUGCUGGGGGGGAUCCUGAAAAAAAGGUUGCUGAGAAGAAAGCCAGUACAGAGCCCAAGGCUGCCCCUUUUCUUAAAGGUGUAUGCUCGGAGCCACUGAGGAAGUUUCAGGAUAGCUCAGUAGGUGGCCAGAAUGCACAGGAGUUUCAAACCGAGCCAGAACUACCCACAACAACCAGGGGACAGCGCACCCUGAAUUUAAGUGAAGAGCCUGUUGAGAGUGAGCUGCUGGUGGAACCACAACAUGGACAUUUAGAAAAUGCCGUUAGAUGCCUUCCAGAAAAGCCACAACUUUCCACUGAGUCCAAGGAUCACGGUGGCUUGGAUCCCCAAGACAAGUUUGGAGUGAAGUUAAACCCCAUCUCCAGUCCCCAGGUUGGCAGUCCCUGGGAGGAGGAAAAGCAGGAGAGAGAGCAGGCUUCAGGUGGUGGUGAAGACCCCGCCCAGGGCACGCAUCCCUCACGUUCCAAUGAAGGCGGCUUGGAUGGCUGUCGGAUUAGAGAUGCAUGUGGAGGGGAGGGGGCUGCGGCCAAGACCCCUGUGUCCAAGACAUUCUCAUCAGGCUUUAAUGACUCAGCCAGUGUCCCUUUGGGGCCUGUGGCCCAGAGCCCUGGCCAGUCCUCUUCGGGCAGGGAGCAGCCGGCUCCCCACCACAAGCCCUCGCUUCCUGUGAUUGCCAUCGUCUCUGGCCCCAGACACUCCAGGUCCUCCCCAAGACCACACUUCUCUGUAGUCAGCUCUUCCUUAUCUCUUCAGGAGCUGAACUUGAGUGUGGAGCCUCCUUCCCCCACAGAUGAAGAGACCCAGGAGCCUAACAAAUUGUGGAACUCACGCUCCAGGGACCACUCCUCAGAAAAGUCAGCAGUGGGAGCAUCUCUGAAGGCUGAGGGCUCAUCUAACUUGGAUGGUAGCUCUGUUGAUUACCGGCCCCUUCAACCUGCCAGCCCUCCUUACCCAUCAUCUUUAGCUCCCCCGUGCGUGCCAGCCCCCGAUUUUAUGACCCAUUGGAUGUCUGGUACAGAGGAGCAGGCCCGGCAGGGAAAGGCAGAGAGCCUGGGUGGCCAGGCCAGGCCAGAGAAGCGGAUCCCCGAGGCAGACACAGGAGUACCAUGCUUUGGCUCCAGUGACAUCAGUCCCCAUGUUCUGUGCUGCCAUCCAGAGGGCCCUGCGUGCAUUGGCUGGAGGCAGUCUGUGUUUGGCAGUGCAGUCGAUGUGUCCUGUAGCCAGACAUCCCAGGGCUUGGUACCAUCAACAAUGUCCCAGUGCUCCAGCAUGGACCAUGGCCUAGAGGACCAGCACUCGUUCCACUCCCACCUCAGCAUCUAUGCCAAUGCCCGGGGCCUGGCAAGCCGUUGUAGCAGCACUGAAAAUGCCCAAGGUUCACAUGAGGCCUGGGAAGUAUGGGACUCCUCACUGGCCUUGGGGAACCCUCAUAUCCUGACGGACCCUGAAGGAGCAGCCCCCGAUAAGGGUCCUAACAAGAGAGUCCUGUUCCCGGGCACCCCUGCUGAAGCAGGCUAUGUGAGGAGUGAUCCACCCUGGGCUGAAGGAGGUGCCACAGGUCCAGUGGGUGAGAUUGUGCUGCUGUACUCAUCAGAGGUGGGCAGCCCUGUGGGACAGUCCAGGAUGAACACCUUGGAGCAGGGCACACAGACCCUGGCCUGCAGCCACACUGACAUCUCCGCUCAUUCAGAAGCCAGCUCCUCGCCAGUCUCUGAUCUGGCCUCUUGGACCAGUAUGCACAACCUGUCUCUCCACCUCUCGCAGCUCCUGCACAGCACCUCAGAGCUGCUGGGGAGUCUCUCCCAGCCAAGUGUGAUUGAAAUGGAGCGAAACACUCAGAGGGAGACUCCAGAAGAGGCACCCCAGACCCUUAUGAUGGAUGGCUGUACUCAGACCACCAUGGACAAGGGCAUCCAGACUGACCUGGCCUCCCCACCUCUGCACCUCCAGGCCCCAGAGGUCAGCCCUCCAGAGGUCGGUGUGGUCCUUGAAAUGCCGGGCUCAGAUGUCUCCACUAUGUCUCGAGAAAAGGGACAUGUCCCAGAGACACUUCAGAAGAGCGAGGCAGAGGAGACAGCAUGGGAAACGGCAGGACCCCCAGAUCUUCGUGAGGAAAGCACCCAUGGCAGGCUGCAGAGCCCUCCAGCACCCUCCUGCCAUCAGGGGUUUCAGAAGGCUCCCUCUGGGCAGAACCUCCCUUCUGUGAGCCCUCAGGCUUCUCCUGAUGCCUCUCUGCCUCCCGGCUCCCAGCCAGAGGAGCCCUCCAUCCUGGCUGGCAGCAGCCCUAACCUUAGCAACUCUCACUCCCCAGGACCCAGCCCCAGUGCUGCAGAGUCUGUUGGGGAGCCUAGGGCCCAGAAGGAGCUGUGCCCCAUGGGUGCCUUGUUGGUGGACAGGGCCUCCUCCCCAAUCCUCACACUCAGUGCUAGCACUCAAGGGCUGGGGCUCCCCCUAGGUUCUUUGUCUCUCUCGGCCCCCUCAGCACACCCUCUUGGUCACCAGAAGCUAGUCUCCAGCCCAGACCUUCCCCUGGAUGCCCCCAGGCCUCCGAUGGACAGUUAUUCUCAAACCAUUGAUGAGUCAGGUGGUGCCCAGAGUGUGGGGCUUCGGUAUGGAGAAGACAGAAGUUCCUUAGAAAGGAAUGGGGGCAGGCCCAUCCUUGAGGCAAGCUCCCCAGGCAGCCUACAGCACAGCUCGAAAAUCCAAGUUCACUUCUUAGAGCGGCCGAAUCAGCAGCUUCAGCCCCGGACCACUGCCUGGGUCCAGAGCAGAAUGCUGCUGCUGCCACUCAAGGUCAGGAGUCAGAGGCCGGCUCCGAGCUUUGUCCCAGAGGACGUGGCUUCCCUGGAGCGUGGCCCACUUAGUAGCACAGGGCUGAAAAAAUGGCAGAGGACAGAAAAUGAGGAUAAGAGUUCAGCAUCUCCAGGGGAGCCACAGCCCGCCCGAGACAGCCCCUCUUCGUGGGGAGGCCCCCAGCACCUCAGCCCCUGCACUGUCCAGGGUUCUGCCUCAGGCCCAGCUGAGGCCUGCCAACCUUUGGGGCUGCCGCGCCCCAGUUCCCAGAAGUGCGUGACACCUGAGCCCCAGCAUCACAGCCUGAGGGACCUCCCAGUGCAUAACAAAUUCAGUAACUGGUGCGGGGUUCAGGAGGGCUCUCCUGGGGAGCGAGGGGUAGUGGAGAUGCUGGGGUCCAGACAGGAUCUCGGCUGUGGAGAGCGGGGACAGAACCCCUCCCAGCAUCGCGUCGACCAGAGCCAGGACCCUGAGCGGGCCCAGGGGGAGCAGAUCCCCCUGCAAGUUGGGUCCCAGAACCUCUCACUCAGCGUGGAACUCACAGAAGCGAAACUGCACCGAGGCUUUGGGGAGUCGGACGCCCUGCUCCGGGUGCUGCAGACCGGGACGGGGGAAGCACUCGCUGCCGAGGACCCUACACCGUCCACCUGGGGGGAGAUCUACGCCCGGCAAAAACAAACCAUUGAGACCCUCCGGAGACAGCGGGCUGAGCGACUUCAGAACUUCCGCCGGGCGCGAAGCCUCAGCCCCCAGAAACAACUGAGCCUUCAGCCUAACAGGGAUCUCCCAACCCGUGACCUUGACUUACCCAGCAGGCGCCGAGAAUACCUGCAGCAGCUGAGGAAGGAUGUUGUGGAGACCACCAGGAGCCCAGGGUCAGCAUCGAGGUCUGCUCAGCCACCCUCUGACAUAGAGCUGAUGCUACGAGAAUACCAGCGGGCUCGUGAGGAGGCCAGGGUGGAGAUUGCACGGGCCCGUGACCGACUACGGGAGAGAACGGAACAGGAGAAGCUGAGAAUCCGCCAGCAGAUCAUCUCCCAGCUGCUGAGGGAAGAGGAAAAACUGCACACCCUGGCCACCUCUAGCUCCCUGUGCACCAGCUCCAAUGGAAGCCUCUCCUCUGGUGUCACCUCUGGCUACAACAGCAGCCCAGCCUUGUCAGGCCAGCUCCUGUCCCCAGGCAGUGUGGGGGACACAAACUUGCCUGAUUCUGGAGACUCUUGGAUGGGGGACAUGCGAGGUCGAUCUGCAGUGAGGAACAGUCACCCGAAUCUGGCCGGGUCUGCCUGGAAGAGCGUAGCCUACAGUCGCAGAGCCUCUUUGGGCAGUUGCUGCUGUUCUUCAUCCAGUGUGUCCAGCCUGGGGACCUCCUUCUCCUCCUCCUACCAGGAUCUGGCCAAGCACAUCGUGGACAUCUCUAUGGCUGACGUGAUGGCGGCUUGCUCGGACGAUCUGUACAACCUCUUCAGUGGCCAGGCAGCCGCCGGCUGGAGCUAUCAGGGUGAGGAACAGGAGGUGCAGCUCUACUACAAGGCGUUCUCCUCUACUCGGCAUGGCUUCCUGGGGGCUGGUGUGGUGUCGCAGCCGCUGUCUCAUGUGUGGGCAGCCGUGAGCGACCCCACCCUGUGGCCCCUGUACCACAAGCCCAUCCAGACAGCGAGGCUGCAUCAGCGGGUAACCAACAGCAUCAACUUGGUGUACUUGGUGUGCAACCCUGCCCUCUGUGCACUGAAGCAGCCGCGGGAUUUCUGUUGUGUCUGCGUGGAAGCCAGAGAGGGCCACCUUUCUAUCAUGGCAGCGCAGUCUGUAUAUGACACAUCUAUGCCGAGACCCAGCAGAGGCAUGGUCCGAGGGGAGAUCCUGCCCAGUGCCUGGAUCCUGCAGCCCCUCAUCAUGGAAGGAAAGGAGAUCACCAGAGUCAUCUACUUGGCCCAGAUAGAACUUGGUGCUCCAGGUUUAUCCCCUCACCUCUUACGUUCCUUCACCAAACAGCAGCCACUGGUUAUAGCCAGACUGGCUUCCUUCCUUGGCAGUUAGCAUCUCACCAUCAAGAUACUGCUGAGAUUCAGGCCCAGGAUGCUCCAGGGACGCUGGGGCAGCUCUUGUUACUCUCUGUACCCUGAUGCAAGAGGAGGCAAGGCCACUCGCUGUGGCCAACUGAGCAGACGGCACUCAGCCCCGAGUUGCCAGCGAAGCCCAGUCAGCCCUUGGUCAUAGCUGGCACCUCGGCAGACCAAGGGGAGCUGAGCUCCUGGCCUUCCAGAGCAAAUGAAGUUCAACUCAUCUUGGAUUUU